AUGGGCGGUGCCGGCGGGGAUGACGAAGAGGCCAUCGUGGGUCCGCUGCCCGAUGCUGCGCUGGCUCAAGAUCCACCAGAACCCUUCGUCGUGACCUCUCCGGUGGAGUCGGAGGAAGAACCACCGGAGGGUGAGGUGCCGGCACUGUACGACUCGGCAGUCGACGCAAGUGCGUGGUCGGUUUCCGCCCCGGUGCCCACACCCACUGACCUGCCAGCGAGGCCCGUGCCCACCGAAGUACCCUCACCGACGUCGCUGGGGGCGGCGCAGGAGGCAGAGACCAUGGUAGAGGACAUCAUGACAUUGCCCACGCACACCCUGGUCGAGCCGAAGGCCUAUUCUUCGAUGGUGGGCAUGUCCUCCUCAGCCGCCACGCAGUCACCCAGCGAGCUGCCAGUGCCCACGGAGCGCCCAUCGCCCACGGAGCUCUCGGCGAGGCGCCCGACACCCAAACCCCCGGCGGUUGCUGUGGAGUCCGGAAUGCUCGGCUCCUCCGCCCUGAACACCUCGGCUCCGGCAUCAGGUCAGCAACGCUCCCCGACGGAGAUGCCCGUGCCAACAGCCGUGCCCUCACCGACCAUGCCCUGCGAGGAUGAAGGUGAGACGGUGACGGCGCCCCCAGGUGCCAUCGCGAAAACGAGCAGCAUCGAGAAGACCCUGACGCAUUCCCGGCCCGCCACGUCAGUGGUCCAGUCUUCGCCUGUAGACUUGCCUGUGCCGACCGCCAGGCCGUCUCCGACCUCCAUGAAUGAGGGUGAGGAUGAGGAGGAGGCCAUCGUUGGGCCGCUGCCGGAUGCAGCCAUGAAGCCGCCAGAACCCCACACCUUUGGCAUCGCAAUGGGAGCAGGCGAUGCUGAGGUGCCGGCACCGCAUGAGUCCGCGCUGGCAGACAGUGCCUGGUCAGAGUCCGCGCCUGAACGAACACCGACGGAGCUGCCCGAGGACAUGCCUGUGCCAACCGACGUGCCUUCGCCAACCUCCUUGCGUUCGGAGGACGAGGCGGACACCAUCCUCGAGCAGGUUGGGACUUUGCCUACGCAGACACUGGUGCCCCCCCCAUUUGAGGCCCGUGCUGCGGAGGAUGAGGCUGCCGAGACGAAUGUUCCCGGCGUGCCACAAGCUUCGGCAGCGGCCGGAUCGAGCGUCUUCAUGUCGGAUUCUAUGCUGGCCGUGGACACCUCGGCUCCAGGCCUGCAUUCGAAAUUUACGGGCAUGGGCGCCCCAGUUGGCUUCAUGGGCAGCUUGCAAACCUUGAGCUCGAAGACCGGGAUGCUCUCGGCCACGGGUGCGAGUGUCUUCUUUCGGCAACUUGAGAAGCGCUGGCUAGUGCUGGCCCCUGUUAAAAAGCACGUAAGCUUGCGCACGGCGCCACUCUUUACAGUGGCCUCAAACACCCACAGGUCAGCAGCGCUCCCCGACGGAGAUGCCCGUGCCAACAGCUGUGCCGUCACCGACCACGCCCUGCAUGGAUGA